UUUAUAACCUCCAUAACUAAAUAAACCCUAAUCCUUAUCUUUACAUUAUUCUGAACCAAAAAAUCUAUCACAAUCAUAAUUCUAACCCUAUUCCCCGCCUCUGAGAUAUUGAGACAGGAGCAAAUGUCGCAGGAGAAUAAGUCAUGUCACCUGGUAUGUACAUCAUUUUACUUCAUGGCCGGUAACUUAUGAACACGUAGGAUGAAUUGCAAAUAUGGAAUAACCACCCUGACUGGCCUGGUCCCCGACAGGAUUUUUGACAAAGUGCUUUUGCAACGAUGAUCUUGAUAGGUCAUCGGCCUUCCGUGAUUAGCCACAGACUUUUAUGUAAUGGACAGUAAGCUGGAUCUUGUAACACAGAGUUUAGCGAUUGAUCGUACGCUUGAUUUUCAUGAUUAAUUGUACUUUCUAGUCAAUGCAAUCAAUCUUUAAAAAAAUGUUCUAUGAUGAUUGCGAAGCUGUGUGUUUCGAAACACCAGGGGUGGUAUUCUGUAACUCUGUCAUAACUUUUGUCAUAACUUUUGUCAUUUCUCCCCGAGAUAUGACACUGCUAUGAUUGUCACAAAUCGGUAUUCUGAACAUUGUCAUUUCUCUGUCAUAUCUCUCUAAGUACCCGCCCAUAUUUUCACAGACAGCCAAUCAAAAUACCUGUUAGUUCCCUGUGAAAGCCCCUUCAACCAAUAGCAAAGCUGUAGGAAAAUGUUGCGUAACACCUUUUUAUUCAAUACGCCACUGCGCGCGGUUGCGCAAAUGCGCUAAUAAUUAAUGCGCCUGUUAAUUAAUAAUCAAGAGACACCCACGUGGGAGUGGCAUGUGUCACUAGUUUAUGGGUAUUGUGCAUACGAAUUCGUUGGGUUAAGAAAAAAAUUGUAUGCCAUGGAGAAGAAGAGACACGAUAAUUACUCGACAGAUGAGGUGGAGACUCUCAUCAGCGAAGUAAUCGCAAGAGAGGAUAUCAUCCAAAAGCAGAUAUCAUCUUCUUUAACCAAUCAAAUGAAGAACAAUGCUUGGGCGAUGGUGGCAGAGAAGGUGUCUGCGGUUGCGGGGAGGGUAAGAACUCCCGAAGAGGUUAGGAGAAAGUUCACCGUUGAAAAAAGCAAGGCAAAGAAAAAGGCAGCGGCUAGAAAGAGAGACUCAAAUAGAACCGGAGGUGGUCCUGCUCCUGCUCCAAUACCAGAUUGGGAAUACAAACUUAUAUCCUUCAUAGGUGAUGAUGCUAUUAGUGGCAUUGUUGGUGGGAUGGAAACGCCUUCCUCCAAACCACAGGAUCCAGUCCAAAAUGCCCUUGAUACAUUGCAUACAUUGGCCGAGCUAGCAUCUGACCGAAUUCAAGUUGCAAGCGAACCAGGACUUAGCCAAUCGACAUUGUCUCCUGAUGGAAAGCAUUCCCCUGAAGAAGAUGACACUCCAAAGAGAAGACGCACGAACAGUGCAAAGGGAAGAGACAUCCAUGACUUCGAGUCCACUUGGGAGCAAUGGUUGAGUAUCGAGCGAGAACACCUUCAGAUUGAGCAGGAGAGACUGCAGGUCGAAAAGGAUCGUUUGGCACUAGAGCAGCGUAGGUUCAUCCUUGAGGAGCAACGAUACCGCAAUGACGGAGAUGGGCCUCACCCAAACCUCAGAUGAAAGACUGUUUCCUGUCAUACAUAUUGGAUUCAGAUGAUGUCAUUUCUUUUGCGUUUUGAUAAGGAGAUCGAACACAGGUCUACGACAUUAUUGAACUGAACAGUCAGACAUAUGUUUCUUCAAUUAUUACGGAAAUGAUAAUAUUUGUGUUUUCAGAUCAAAUUAAUCCUCUAGGCCUGUCAUUAAAGAUUUUAGAGAAAAUGAAAA